GGAGCCGGGGGCGGCCUGCGGGAAGGCCUCUCCUCCGCCGACCGCGCGUUUUCGGCCUAGGCCGCGGGGCCGCUCGUGGCCUCCGGGGAGCAGGCGCCAGGGGUUUGUGUGCGGUGGGGGCCUGGGCCUGGGCCUGGGGAAGCUGACGCCGGUCGUCCGGAAGCCAGGAGGAGGCGUGAGGCCGCUCGUGGACUCCGGGCCUAGGCCCUCUCCCCUCAAUCUUCUCCCGGGGCCUGGGUCACCCCAAUCCACGGAGAGACCGACCCGCCGGGAGGUGCGGCCGCGCUAUGGACCCCUGACCCCGUGGGGUCGCUCGGACUCUUAACGUGUGGACUGACCGCUACUGACUGCACCGCCAGCCCCCCCGUCUCUGCCGGCCCCUUAGCAUGAGCGAGGGGGACCCAGCCGGGUGACAUUGUGCCCGUUGGCGGAUUCUCGAUUUCCCCUCUUCCCCGUCCUCGUCCUCCUCCUCCCCCAUGAAGUGAUUCUGAGUAUCGGGGGGUCUCUGGAUUAUUGUUCUGACGAACCCCUGCUUGUGGUUGGGGGGUAUUUAAUCUGAGGCCUUAGGGUCCUUCGGUGUCUUUGAGUGUUUUGUGUGUACAUAUUUUGCUCUUAAAGUUUAUAAAUAUACGUAUAUUGAGAGUGUCCACGUCUCCUCGCUGAACCUUAGGAAUCCCUUGGCACCAUGUCCUGUGUGCAUUAUAAAUUUUCCUCUAAACUCAACUAUGAUACCGUCACCUUUGAUGGGCUCCACAUCUCCCUCUGCGACUUAAAGAAGCAGAUUAUGGGGAGAGAGAAGCUGAAAGCUGCCGACUGCGACCUGCAGAUCACCAAUGCGCAGACGAAAGAAGAAUAUACUGAUGAUAAUGCUCUGAUUCCUAAGAAUUCGUCUGUAAUUGUUAGAAGAAUUCCUAUCGGAGGUGUUAAAUCUACAAGCAAGACAUAUGUUAUAAGUCGAACUGAACCAGCGAUGGCAACUACAAAAGCAAUUGAUGACUCUUCCGCGUCUAUUUCUCUGGCCCAGCUUACAAAGACUGCCAAUCUGGCUGAAGCCAAUGCUUCUGAAGAAGAUAAAAUUAAAGCAAUGAUGUCGCAAUCUGGCCAUGAAUACGACCCAAUCAAUUACAUGAAGAAACCUCUAGGUCCACCACCUCCAUCUUACACGUGUUUCCGUUGUGGUAAACCUGGACAUUAUAUUAAGAAUUGCCCAACAAAUGGGGAUAAAAACUUUGAAUCUGGUCCUAGGAUUAAAAAGAGCACUGGAAUUCCCAGAAGUUUCAUGAUGGAAGUGAAAGAUCCUAAUAUGAAAGGUGCAAUGCUUACCAACACUGGAAAAUAUGCAAUACCAACUAUAGAUGCAGAAGCAUAUGCAAUUGGGAAGAAAGAGAAACCUCCCUUCUUACCAGAAGAGCCAUCUUCUUCCUCAGAAGAAGAUGAUCCUAUCCCAGAUGAAUUGUUGUGUCUCAUCUGCAAGGAUAUUAUGACUGAUGCUGUUGUGAUUCCCUGCUGUGGAAACAGUUACUGUGAUGAAUGUAUAAGAACAGCACUCCUGGAAUCAGAUGAGCAUACGUGUCCAACAUGUCAUCAAAAUGAUGUUUCUCCUGAUGCUUUAAUUGCCAAUAAAUUUUUACGACAGGCUGUAAAUAACUUCAAAAAUGAAACUGGCUAUACAAAAAGACUACGAAAACAGUUACCUCCUCCACCACCCCCAAUACCACCUCCGAGACCACUGAUUCAGAGGAACCUACAACCUCUGAUGAGAUCUCCAAUAUCAAGACAACAAGAUCCUCUUAUGAUUCCAGUGACAUCUUCAUCAACUCACCCAGCUCCGUCUAUAUCUUCAUUAACUUCUAAUCAGUCUUCCUUGGCCCCUCCUGUGUCUGGAAAUCCAUCUUCUGCUCCAGCUCCUGUACCUGAUAUAACUGCAACAGUAUCCAUAUCAGUUCAUUCAGAAAAAUCAGAUGGACCUUUUCGGGAUUCUGAUAAUAAAAUAUUGCCAGCUGCAGCUCUUGCGUCAGAGCACUCAAAGGGAACCUCCUCAAUUGCAAUUACCGCUCUUAUGGAAGAGAAGGGUUACCAGGUGCCUGUUCUUGGAACCCCAUCUUUGCUUGGACAGUCAUUAUUGCAUGGACAGUUGAUCCCCACAACUGGUCCUGUAAGAAUAAAUACUGCUCGUCCAGGUGGUGGUCGACCAGGCUGGGAACAUUCCAACAAACUCGGCUAUCUGGUUUCUCCACCACAACAAAUUAGAAGAGGGGAGAGGAGCUGCUACAGAAGUAUAAACCGUGGGCGACACCACAGCGAAAGAUCACAGAGGACUCAAGGCCCGUCACUACCAGCAACUCCAGUCUUUGUACCUGUUCCACCACCUCCUUUGUAUCCGCCUCCUCCCCAUACACUUCCUCUCCCUCCGGGUGUUCCUCCUCCACAGUUUUCUCCUCAGUUUCCUCCUGGCCAGCCACCACCUGCUGGGUAUAGUGUCCCUCCUCCAGGGUUUCCUCCAGCUCCUGCCAAUUUAUCAACACCUUGGGUAUCAUCAGGAGUGCAGACAGCUCAUUCAAAUACCAUCCCAACAACACAAGCACCACCUUUGUCCAGGGAAGAAUUCUAUAGAGAGCAGCGACGACUAAAAGAAGAGUCUAAAUCUCCCUAUAGUGGUUCUUCGUAUUCAAGAAGUUCAUAUACUUAUUCUAAAUCAAGAUCUGGUUCAACACGUUCACGCUCUUAUUCUCGAUCAUUCAGCCGCUCACAUUCUCGUUCCUAUUCACGGUCACCUCCAUACCCCAGAAGAGGCAGAGGCAAGAGCCGCAAUUACCGUUCACGGUCUAGAUCUCAUGGAUAUCAUCGAUCUAGGUCAAGGUCACCCCCUUACAGACGCUAUCAUUCACGAUCAAGAUCUCCUCAAGCGUUUAGGGGACAGUCUCCUAAUAAACGUAACAUACCUCAAGGGGAAACAGAACGUGAAUAUUUUAAUAGAUACAGAGAAGUUCCACCACCAUAUGACAUGAAAGCAUAUUAUGGGAGAAGUGUUGACUUUAGAGACCCAUUUGAAAAAGAACGCUACCGAGAAUGGGAGAGAAAAUAUAGAGAGUGGUAUGAAAAAUAUUAUAAAGGUUAUGCUGCUGGAGCACAGCCUAGACCCUCAGCAAAUAGAGAGAACUUUUCUCCAGAGAGAUUUGUGCCACUUAACAUCAGGAAUUCUCCCUUCACAAGAGGCCGCAGAGAAGACUAUGUUGGUGGGCAAAGUCAUAGAAGUCGAAACAUAGGUAGCAACUAUCCAGAAAAGCUUUCAGCAAGAGAUGGUCACAAUCAGAAGGAUAAUACAAAGUCAAAAGAGAAGGAGAGUGAAAACGCUCCAGGAGAUGGUAAAGGAAAUAAGCAUAAGAAACACAGAAAAAGAAGAAAAGGGGAGGAAAGUGAGGGUUUUCUGAACCCAGAGUUAUUAGAGACUUCUAGGAAAUCAAGAGAACCUACAGGUGUUGAAGAAAAUAAAACAGACUCAUUGUUUGUUCUCCCAAGUAGAGAUGAUGCCACACCUGUUAGAGAUGAACCAAUGGAUGCAGAAUCAAUCACUUUUAAAUCAGUGUCUGAAAAAGACAAGAGAGAAAGGGAUAAACCAAAAGCAAAGGGUGAUAAAACCAAACGGAAGAAUGAUGGAUCUGCUGUGUCCAAAAAAGAAAAUAUUGUAAAACCUGCUAAAGGACCCCAAGAAAAAGUAGAUGGAGAACGUGAGAGAUCUCCUCGAUCUGAACCUCCAAUUAAAAAAGCCAAAGAGGAGACUCCAAAGACUGACAAUACUAAAUCAUCAUCUUCCUCUCAGAAGGAUGAAAAAAUCACUGGAACCCCCAGAAAAGCUCACUCUAAAUCAGCAAAAGAACACCAAGAAACAAAACCAGUCAAAGAGGAAAAAGUGAAGAAGGACUAUUCCAAAGAUGUCAAAUCAGAAAAGCUAACAACUAAGGAAGAAAAGGCCAAGAAGCCUAAUGAGAAAAACAAACCACUUGAUAAUAAGGGAGAAAAAAGAAAAAGAAAAACUGAAGAAAAAGGCGUAGAUAAAGAUUUUGAGUCUUCUUCAAUGAAAAUCUCGAAACUAGAAGUGACUGAAAUAGUGAAACCAUCACCAAAGCGCAAAAUGGAACCUGAUACUGAAAAAAUGGAUAGGACCCCUGAAAAGGACAAAAUUUCUUUAAGUGUGCCAGCCAAAAAAAUCAAACUCAACAGAGAAACUGGGAAGAAAAUUGGAAGUACAGAAAAUAUAUCAAACACAAAAGAACCCUCUGAAAAAUUGGAGUCAACAUCUAGCAAAGUUAAACAAGAAAAAGUCAAAGGAAAGGUCAGACGAAAAGUGACUGGAACUGAAGGAUCCAGCUCAACUCUGGUGGAUUAUACCAGUACGAGCUCAACUGGAGGCAGUCCUGUGCGGAAAUCUGAAGAAAAAACAGAUACAAAGCGAACUGUGAUUAAAACGAUGGAAGAAUAUAAUAAUGACAAUACGGCGCCAGCUGAAGAUGUUAUCAUUAUGAUUCAGGUUCCUCAAUCCAAAUGGGAUAAAGAUGACUUUGAAUCUGAAGAAGAAGAUGUUAAAUCCACACAGCCUAUAUCAAGUGUAGGAAAACCUGCUAGUGUUAUAAAAAAUGUUAGUACAAAGCCAUCAAAUAUAGUCAAGUAUCCUGAGAAAGAAAGUGAGCCAUCUGAGAAAAUUCAGAAAUUCACCAAGGACGUGAGCCAUGAAAUCAUACAACACGAGGUUAAAAGUUCAAAAAACUCUGCAUCUAGUGAAAAAGGGAAAACCAAAGAUCGAGAUUAUUCAGUGUUGGAAAAGGAGAACCCUGAAAAGAGGAAGAACAGCACUCAGCCAGAGAAGGAGAGUAAUUUGGACCGUCUGAAUGAACAAGGAAAUUUUAAAAGUCUGUCUCAAUCUUCCAAAGAGGCUAGAACGUCAGAUAAACAUGAUUCCACUCGUGCUUCCUCAAAUAAAGACUUCACUCCCAAUAGAGACAAAAAAACUGACUAUGACACCAGAGAGUAUUCAAGUUCCAAACGUAGAGAUGAAAAGAAUGAAUUAACAAGACGAAAAGACUCUCCUCCUCGGAAUAAAGAUUCUGCAUCUGGACAGAAAAAUAAACCAAGGGAAGAGAGAGAUUUGCCUAAAAAAGGAACAGGAGAUUCCAAAAAAAGUAAUUCUAGUCCCUCGAGAGACAGAAAACCUCAUGAUCACAAAGCCCCUUAUGAUACUAAACGGCCAAAUGAAGAGACAAAAUCUGUAGAUAAAAAUCCUUGUAAGGAUCGUGAGAAGCAUGUAUUAGAAGCAAGGAACAAUAAAGAGUCAAGUGGCAAUAAACUACUUUAUAUACUUAACCCACCAGAGACACAGGUUGAAAAAGAGCAAAUUACUGGGCAAAUUGACAAGAAUACUGUCAAGCCUAAACCCCAGUUAAGUCAUUCCUCUAGACUUUCCUCUGACUUAACUAGAGAAACUGAUGAAGCUGCUUUUGAACCAGACUAUAAUGAAAGUGACAGUGAAAGUAAUGUUUCUGUAAAAGAAGAGGAAUCUUCAGGAAACAUUUCUAAGGACCUGAAAGAUAAAAUAGUGGAGAAAGCGAAAGAGAGCCUGGACACAGCAGCAGUUGUCCAGGUGGGCAUAAGCAGGAAUCAGAGCCACAGCAGCCCCAGCGUCAGCCCCAGCAGAAGCCACAGUCCUUCUGGAAGCCAGACCCGAAGCCACAGUAGCAGUGCCAGCUCAGCAGAAAGUCAGGACAGCAAGAAGAAGAAGAAAAAGAAGGAAAAGAAAAAACACAAGAAACAUAAAAAGCAUAAGAAGCAUAAGAAACAUGCAGGCACUGAAGUGGAAUUGGAAAAAAGCCAAAAACACAAACACAAGAAAAAGAAGUCAAAGAAGAACAAAGAUAAAGAGAAGGAGAAGGAGAAAGAUGACCAAAAAGUGAAAUCUGUCACUGUGUAAAAAGACAGAUUUUUUAAAUUGACUUAAUUACUAAGUCAUCUGUAUUAAAUUUUGUUAUAAUGUAAAGAGAUUCAAGCCUUGUAAAUAAUGACAUGGAAGACCCUGUGCUGCACUUAAAAUAUUGCUGCUUGAUUAUUUGAUUUUUACAUCAGAGCUUUAUAACACGAACUUUUGUACAGAAUUGUGAGUUGUGACCAUGUAACAUGAGAGGUUUUGCUAGGGCCUAUUAUUUUUAACCACCAUUAAUUAGUUGGGGUGGAGUUUACUGUAAUGUGAAAUUUUCACAUUUGAAUUUUUUUAAUUGCCUGGCAAAAGCUGAUAUAAGUUCUAAAAUAUCAGCAGAAUGAUUUGCUGAAUUCAUUACAACCCCGUUAUGUCACUUUUUGAUUACAAUAAAAGUUUUCAGUAAACUUUUCAAA